AUGUCGCAGAUCCUUGCAAUCGACACACCCGCCCGCAAUGCAUGCAUCGCGGGGGAUCUGUCUACUGCUGAAGAGCUUCUUACGCAAGAUAUCAAUGCUAAUACCAACAAGUACACCUCGUAUGCCAAUCGCUCGUUUGUUAUGGCGCGCAAGCGCCACUGGGACCACGCGCUCCAGGACGCGAUCAAGUCCGUUAGCAUUCAGCCCUCCUUGACAGGUUGUAUCUCCAAGGGCAUCGCCCUCGGCGGAAAGGGAAACCUCCGGGAUUCAAUGCAAGCAUUUGAUCUCGCAUUCACUUUUCAGGCUAUCGCGAUCUUCAAUGCGGGUCAGCAUGAGGAAGCAAUUAUGCGUGUACAAGAGCUCGCUGCCACUUCCCGGAAUGAUAUCCAUGCAUGUCGGAUCGUAGAAGCGUAUUUACGAGUCCAACUGGUGAUCAGUGCCUUAGAUGGCGGGCGUCACAAUGAAGCUGCUGACCACUUCACUGCGGUUGUCAAGAUGAACAUUUUCUCAUCUCGAUCGGCCAUUCAUUCUAGAUAUGACGACUUUGUGGUGCUGUUUGGGUGGGACCUUGCGUCGUUGUGGAUGACUGCAAACCAGAAACGUUGCCAUGCACUCCUUCAGGCAGGUAGACUCUGGGAAGCCAUCGAAUUGUGGGAAGGGAAGGAGCCACUGCUGCAGGAUAUCCAGGACAAGGUCUUGUACGAGCUGAAUCCAGUUGGCAGCAUGGCGAAGUUGCAAUCAUUUUGCAAAAUCGCUCGCCGUGCGGGGUAUCGUUGGGCGUGGAGCGAUACGUGCUGCAUCGACAAGAGCAAUAGUGUCGAGCAUCAAGAAGCAAUCAACUCCAUGUUUGAUUUGUAUCAACACUCGGCGCUCACGAUCGUCUACCUGUCGGAUGUCCCACCCUUGUCGAAGUCCGGCGCAUUGGCAGAUAGUGAUUGGAACACACGCGGAUGGACAGCUCAAGAACUCCUUGCUUCUAAAGUCAUCCUCUUUUAUCAGGAGGAUUGGUCUCUUUACCUCGACGAUCGUUCUUCCAACCACAAGGAGUCCGUCACGAUCAUGCAGGAGUUGGAGUAUGCAACAGGCAUAGAUCGACGAGCCAUUGUUGCCUUCCGUCCCGGGAUGAAAUGCGCUAGAGAGAUACUCCAGUGGGCAUCCACACGUGUCACAACAUUGCCGGAAGAUAUUGCUUACUCGUUAUCCGGCGUCUUCGGCGUCCGCUUACGCGUGGAUUACGGCGAGAAGAAGCAGUGCGCGCUUGGGCGACUUCUGCGGAAGGUCAUAGCUCAGUCGAACGAUAUCACUGCCUUAGACUGGGUCGGGAAACCAUCAGAGUUCAAUAGCUGUUUACCAGCCGACAUCACUUCGUACAAAGCUCCCACAUGCAAGCUUCCAUCUCUAUCAGAAGAAGACAUUCAGUCAUCGGUCUCUUCUCUGCGAGGCACAGUGGCUCUGGAGCCGGCUUCGAGGUUGUAUCAGACACUCGACUACCUGAGCGCUCCACGGUUCGUGCACCGCCGGUUGCAUCUACCUUGCAUCGUGUUCCCUGUGACAGGAGUCAGGCGGAAGCCUGGCCAGAAUAAGGGGAUACAUUUCACGUACGGAAUCAAGGCAGAUGGGCUUCGUGACCUGGAUAUUACCACGGAAGACAAGCUACCUCAAUUCCCACGGGUAAUACCGUUGCCAGCUUGGCAGACGUUCUUGCUUGUUCGCACAUGGAGCCGUCAUCUCCUUGAGCUGCCUGACGCUGCAGACGAUACAGAGAGCGUGGAAGACUGGUCCGUGUCCGAAUCCACGUCAUCCCCUUCAGAAAAUGAGCCGGUUUAUUCGGAAUCUCACUCGCGGGCAUUGCGAUUGAUUGUUCGCCUUGGACAGCCGUUUAGCGCAUUUCUUUUAGCACGGCAGCGCGACGGAGAAUACAAGAGAAUCGCGUCAGAUCGUAAUAUCAUCGCACAAGUUAAUGACAUGGCGUCUGUUGGCGACAUGAUGGAUAUCAGGACGCUGGAGAUAAUAUAA